GAGGUGCUUCCAUCAAGAUGAGAGGUUUUGCGUGUGCACAUGCAGAGAAGAGGCAUCGCCUGGAUAGAACUUUGAACUGUAUUAGCAAGAAGGGCUGUGUGGGAAGCUGCUAUGCUAAGGACGUCAAGUACAAGCCGUUGGGCGCCCUGUUACCUGAAGGUUUCAGCGGCAAGAUGUUCUAUGUGAAGCUUGUCCUCCUCGUUCUCAUGUGCGGCUCCUUCAUGGGCCUUCUCCACUCGCCAUCGAUCCACCAUGGCGACGACGAAAACAACACGCAGUCCCCUGAAGCGUCGAAGUUGAUGUGGACAUCGAACGCCGAUCAGAAGGACUCGGGUUACGUGUCGAACGUGAGGAUCGACUGGUCUCGGAUUUCCAUGGCGGUGCAAGAAGUUUCUAGAGCAGAAGAUCAGUUACGAGUAGGGCUCCUGAACUUCGACGGGGUGGAGAUGGACCAGUGGAGGACGCUGCUUCCGCGGAAUGCGGCCGUCUCCGUGGUGCACCUGGAGCGCGUCUCGAGCAACGUCACCUGGGAGCACCUGUACCCGGAGUGGGUCGACGAGGAGGAGCUGUACGCCGCGCCGACGUGCCCGGACCUGCCGGAGCCGGCGCCGGCGCCGGAGGGACUAGAGUACGACGUCGUCGCGGUGAAGCUCCCGUGCAGUGGCGCUGCGGGCUGGUCCAAGGACGUGCCGCGGCUGCACCUGCAGCUGGCGGCGGCGAGGCUCGCCACCGCGGGCAGAUCGGAGAAGGCGGCGCACGUGGUCGUGGUGAGCCAGUGCUUCCCGGCUCCAAACCUGUUCAGGUGCAAAGACGAGGUCAUACGCGACGGCGACGUGUGGGUUUACAGACCGGACGUGGGCGAGCUCCGGCGGAAGCUUGCGCUUCCCGUCGGGUCCUGCAAGCUCGCAAUGCCGAUCAAAGCACUCGGGGAGUCGUACGUGUCGUCGGCGCCGCGGCGGGAGGCGUACGCGACGAUCCUCCACUCGGAGCAGCUGUACGCGUGCGGCGCCAUUGUGGCGGCGCAGAGCAUCCGGAUGGCGGGGUCGGACCGCGACAUGGUGGCCCUCGUCGACGAGACGAUCAGCGAGCGCCACCGGAGCGCGCUGGAGGCGGCAGGUUGGAAGGUGCGCACCAUCCGUCGCAUCCGGAACCCGCGGGCGUCGAAGGACGCGUACAACGAGUGGAACUACAGCAAGUUCUGGCUUUGGACGCUGACGGAGUACGACCGGGUAGUCUUCGUCGACGCCGACCUGCUGGUGCAGCGCCCCAUGGAGCCGCUCUUCGGCAUGCCGGAGGUGAGCGCCACGGGGAACCACGGCACGGUGUUCAACUCCGGCGUCAUGGUGGUGGAGCCCUGCAACUGCACGUUCCGGCUGCUCAUGGACCACAUCGGCGACAUCCAGUCGUACAACGGCGGCGACCAGGGGUACCUCAACGAGGUCUUCUCCUGGUGGCACCGGCUGCCGUCGCACGCCAACUACAUGAAGCACUUCUGGGAGGGGAACUCCGCGGAGCACGCCGCCGCUAAGCGCCGGGUCCUGGCGGCCGACCCGCCCGUGGCCCUCGCCGUGCACUUCGUUGGGAUGAAGCCGUGGUUCUGCUUCAGGGACUACGACUGCAACUGGAACGCACCCGAGCUGCGGCAGUUCGCCAGCGACGAGGCGCACGCGCGGUGGUGGAAGGCGCACGACGCCAUGCCGCAGCGGCUGCAGGGGUUCUGUCUUCUGGACGAGAGGCAGAAGGCGCUGCUGCGGUGGGACGCCGUAGAGGCGAGGAAGGCCAACUUCUCCGACGGACACUGGAGGGAAAGGAUAGCCGACCCUCGCCGGAGGAUCUGCGCCGGCGAUGAGGGGUGCCGCGAGAGGGAGAUCAAGGGCAGGCGGGUGGAGGGUAACAGGGUCACCACGUCGUACGCCAAGCUCAUUGACAACUUCUGACUUUUCCUUGUGAAAGCAGAAGCCCCGCAUCACAACCGUUGUCUGCUGAUUGGACGGCCCUUGUGUACCGCCACAUAUGCCCGUAGCUAGGGACGCAGAGGAGAAAGGCUUCUUAGUUUGGGCCUUCGACUCGAGAUAUUCAAGGUUUCAUGCUGUUCACCGUUUUUACGAGCUGGUGCAAAGCAUAUGCCACGAGGAGGAAUGUGUA